AUGACUUGCAUGGUGAACGGGCAAAACUUCCCCAUGGGCCCAUUCGAACCGGUCGUCUGCCAGCAGGGAUACUACUGUCCACCGCCCGGAGUAGAAAAGAUCCAAUGCCCAAAGGGCACGUAUUGCCAACCGGGCGCCACCAGCCCGACGCCAUGCCUCACCGGCAGUCGCUGCGAAGCGGGUGCGACAUACGAGCUGUUCCUCGUUCCCCUGCUUGUGCUCAUCCUCGUCGACGUCUUGGUAAUCAUGGGCAUCAUCGUGCACGCGUUGCGCAAGAGGGUGAAAGAUUACCGGUCAGAUCAUGCGUCGAACAUGAAGCGCCCCUCAAUAAGCGGCGUGAAGGCGCAGAUCACGGGCUAUAAGGCCUUGCAGCACGACACCGACCACGAGAUGCUUCCCAUGAGCGCGACGUACACCCCGAACCGGACGGAUACCCACGGCACAGGUUUCCAGGCCGCCUUGGACUACGAUCACCACCAGUGGACGGCGGGGGCGCAGCCCAAGGAGGAGGUCAACCCCCAGCUUCUCAAAUUCGUCGAGUCCAUGCGCCGGGCCACGGAUGCGACCAACCUCGGUCUGUCCUUCAGCUACACGGAUCUCAGCUUCCAGCCGAAGAAGAGCAAGAAGAUGAUUCUGCAGAACGUCACGGGGUCGAUUGACCGUGGAACUCUGACGGCGGUUAUGGGCGGCUCGGGUGCUGGCAAGUCGACAUUUGUCAACGUGCUCAUGGGCAAGACGAAGCACACCGGCGGGAUGGUUGCCGUUAACAGCAGCCCCGAUAAGCUGAAGCGGUACAAGAAACUGAUCGGAUACGUUCCUCAAGACGAUAUCGUCCUGCCGGAACUCACAGUAUACGAGAACAUCAUCCACUCAGCCAAGAUCCGACUUCCCAGGACUUGGUCCACCGACGACAUCGAGGCUCACGUGACGUCAGUCAUCGACUGCCUGGAACUCUCUCAUGUCCGCAACUCUCUUGUGGGGACGGUCGGAAGACCGGUGAUCAGUGGAGGACAGCGGAAGCGGGUCAGCAUCGGCAUGGAACUGGCGUCUGCCCCCAUGGCCAUCUUCCUCGACGAGCCGACGAGCGGAUUGGAUGCAACGGCAGCGUCGUCCCUGAUGCGAACACUGAAGGCCGUCGCCCGUCUGGGUAUUAGCAUCAUCGUCAUCAUCCACCAACCUCGCUCAGAAAUUUUCCAACUUUUCGAUAACCUCAUCCUCCUUGGAAACGGGCAGACCAUCUACGAGGGCCCCCAGGCGGAGGUGCAGAACUACUUCCAAAAUAUCGGUUUCGACUUCCCCGAGCACAGCAACCACGGCGAUGUCGUGACGGACAUUAUCACAGGCAACGGACGAAUCUACAAACACAUCGGCGAGAUCUCCAAAGAUUCUUUGAUCUCAAACUGGGCCUCCCAUCACCAAAUGAAUCGACCGGGCGGGAAAGAGCACCACACCUCCACGAUGAUGAACAACAGCGGCAUGCACGAAGCCAUCAAGCACCGCGGUGCACCCUUCUUCAAACAGCUCUGGCUUUGUCUGCGCAGGGCGAUGGUCCAGCAGUACCGCGCCAAGUCAGCCUUCUGGGCAGAGAUGGGCCUGGCCGCCCUCGCUGGCUUCCUUCUCGGCUUGGCCGAGCACUCCAAGAAGGGCAUCUUGUUCGUCGGCACAUUCCAGGGACCCUACUCGAUACUCUCAACCGCCGUUGAUAUCAAGUCUGCACCCGAGUUAGCCCUUCUCGUCGCGAUCGCCAUCGGCCUGGUCUCAGGCGCGCCCGGCGUCAAGUCGUUCUCGGAAGAGCUGCUAGUCCACCGCCGCGAGGCCGAGGCCGGGCAUAACCGCCUCGCUUACUUCCUCGCCAAGCUCAUCUCCGUGGUGCCGCGCAUGUUCUUCGGCUGCCUGCACUUCUCGACCUUUGUGCUGCUCCUCACGGUGCCGGUAAUCAACUGGGGCCUCGCCUUUCUGGCCAACUUCCUCUACUUCUACUGCAUCUACGGCCUGGCGAACAUCGUCAGCAUGGUCGUCCGCCGCGAGGACGCGCCUCUGCUGGCUACGAUGAUCAGCCUCAUCACGGCGAUCUUGUCUGGGGCCGCGCCGCCGCUGGCGAAGGUGAAAGAGUGGAAGCUCGAGUGGCUGUGGCGUGCGUCGCCGGGUGUGUGGCUGGCGGAGGUGUACUUUGGGCAGCUUGUGUCGCCGUUUGCGGAUAUUUUUGAUGUCGACAAGGCGGCUGAUGCCACUGGGAUUAUGGGCACUCGGGCAUAG